CAUUCAAAAAUAUUUGAAAAGCAUUGAAAUGUGUGUUUGAUUUUAAUAUUAAUUAUUAUUUUUUUUUUGAAUAUAUAGUUAUGUCAUAUAUUUGUUUGCAACAAAAAUAACAGUAUUUCAAUGGCUUAUUAAAUAUAAUUAGUAUAUAUUUGUUUUAAUUAAUAAUUGAUUUAUAUAUAUAUACUGUAUAACAAUGCAAACUACCGGCAGUCAAAUAUUUGAAGGCUACAAAAGUGUUGGCCUAGUAUCGGGUUCAGUGGCCCAUAUGGUCAGGUAUGUGGAUAAACUACAUGAGCGCCGAGUGGUCACUGUUUGCGGCAAUACGUUCCUGACGUUCAACGAUAGGCUCCGAUUGAUUGAAACAUGUGUGGCCCACGAUAGCGACAUCCAGGUCCUGACCAGCGAUUCAAAGUUCAUCUAUACGGCCGCCGAUAACGAAAUCUUUGGCUGGAAAUAUGGCCACAAAUGGAAAUCGCGAUCUUUUGCCGGUUGUCUCGAAUCGACGGUUGAAUGUCUUCUACCGUUUGGUCCGCAUCUGAUAGCGACAGACUCGGAGAAUAUCCUAAGAGUUUGGGAAAUCCGUAGCCAAGAGCUGACACUUACUAUACCGAUGAACCCGGAAUCGUUUCGUAUGACUUGUUUGGUACAUCCGGCCACUUAUAUCAACAAAAUACUGAUCGGUUCAGUACAGGGAUCGCUACAGAUGUGGAACCUCAGGACACAGACAUUGAUUCAUACGUUUAGCGGUUGGCAAUCGCGAGUGACACGUCUAUGUCAGGCGCCAGCCAUCGAUAUUAUGGCCAUCGGUCUGGAAAACGGCUGCAUUUUCAUUCACAACCUGCGAUUGGAUGAGACGCUCAUGAAGUUCAGCCAGGAAUGGGGUUCCGUCGAGACAAUCAGUUUCCGAUCGGAUGGCAAACCGUUUAUGGCUACGACAUCGACGUCCGGACAUUUGGCGCUCUGGAAUCUCGACCACAAGCGGCUGGAAUCGCAAAUGAGAAACAUUCACAGCGGACCAAUUGUCGGAACGACUUUCAUCGACGGCGAAGCCCUAAUGGUUACCAAUUCACCGGAUAAUUCGCUUAAAAUUUGGUGUUUCGAUCAGUCGGACAGUACGGGACGUGUUCUCUAUCAGCGCGAAGGUCACCGAAGAGGUCCGACAAAGAUCAGGUUUCACGGCUUCAAAGGACAGUAUGUGUUGAGCGCUGGUCUCGAUUCAACUUUGCGGGCGUUUUCCAUAUUUUCCGAACGACUCAAUCGUAGUCUAGGAGUUGCCUCACAUAACCGAAAGUUGUCGAAAAAGAGAGGCAAUCGCUAUGAUGUCUAUCGAAUGAAACCGAUUAUCGACUUUACGGCCGAAACCACCCGCGAAAAGGAAUGGGAUGGCAUUGCAGCUGUUCAUCGGCGACAAAACAUAGCCACCACCUGGUCCUUCAACGAGUCCAAAAUGGGUAGACAUAAACUAAUGCACAAUCGUUUUGUUAACAAACAUAAUAUUGUGGCACUGUGUGUAUGUCUGAGCUGUUGCGGUAAUUUUGUGAUAAUCGGCUACAAUACGGGACAUAUCGACCGAUAUAAUAUCCAAUCGGGUAUUCAUAGGGCCGCGUAUGGAAAUAAAGCUCAUAGCGCGGCUGUUAGAGGUAUAGCCAGCGAUGGACUUAACCAAUUGGUCAUCAGUGGCGGCAACGACUCGUUACUCAAGUUUUGGCGAUUUAACGGUAAAGAGUUGUUAGCAAACUUGACAUUAGAUGCACCCGUGAAUCAACUCGUGUUUCAUAAGGAAAGUUCAUUAUUAGCGGUUUCUUUGGACAACUUUUAUGUCAAUGUAGUUGAUUGCGAAACCCGACGAAUAAUACGUAUAUUAGGUCCGCACGGAAAUCGCAUUACGGACAUGACUUUCAAUCGGGAAAGCCGUUGGUUAAUAACAUCCAGUAUGGACUCAAUAGUACGUGUUUGGGAUCUACCGUCCGGUCUGUUAGUGGACGCAUUUCGGGUGUCAACUCCGUGUAUAUCGCUAUCGCUAUCGCCGACUGGCGAGUUCUUAGCCACUGCUCAUACGGAUGAUUUGGGUAUCUAUUUGUGGGCUAAUAUAUCGCUGUACGCACCGGUAUCUCUGCGUCCACUCAAUCAAGAAGACUGUGAACCAGUUUUGCUUGAAAUGCCGGUUAUUCGUAGCGAUGAAGAAGACAACGAGGAAGAAGAAGAAGAAUGUCAGCGCAUUGUUGAAGAUAGUGAACAACAAUCAGAUGAACUAAUGGACACUCAAUCAGAGUCGUAUAAAUCUCCCGAACAGUUAGCAGAGAAUUUGAUUACAUUGUCAUCACUUCCCGAAUCCAAAUGGAAAAAUCUGCUAAAUUUAGAUUUAAUUAAAAAACGAAAUAAACCUAAAGAACCGGUCCGUAAGCCCGAAAGCGCGCCAUUCUUUUUGCCGACAGUGGCCGGCAUUGAACCCAAGUUUCUGGUUACCGAUAAUCCCGAAACAAACGCGUCGGCUAUCGAUACGAAGAUUCGCGACUAUUUAACGCCGUUGUCAUCGUUUGGCGAACUAAUCAUUUCGUGUCAUAACCAAAGCGAUUGUAAUCCACUAAUGGAUUGUCUGAAAUCAAUGUCUCAGUCGGCCAUCGAUGCAGAACUACGAUCACUGUCCACACAGUCAAUUGGUUCACCGAAUUUGAUGCUCUAUUUCUUGGAAUCGCUGGAAACCGGUCUGAAAACUUAUCGUGACUUUGAACUAAUUCAAUCAUAUUUGUCAUUAUUUCUGAAAAUACAUGUCGAAGAUAUUGUUAUCAAUGAAAAACUGAAAACUCUGGCCAAUAGUCUAUCAGAAACUAGUGAUCAACUAUGGGAUAGACUAAGCAAUGAGUUUAAUAAGUCGUUGUGUUUAACAAAUUAUUUGAGAAGUGCUAUACUUUAG